GGUGCCUCGUCUGGCUAGCGGGUGGGUCCCCGCCUGAUGCUCUCCCAUCCAGACCGGAGCCAUCUUGCUGCCUCCCCGCCGCGCAGGUCCUCCAACACCACGGGCUCACAUGUCGUUCAGCGCCACCAUCUUGUUCUCGCCCCCCCACGCUAAAGAAGCCAAAUGCUGCUGCUGCACGUGCAAGCAGGAGCCGGGGGCUCCCACCCCGCCCCCGCCUUCCCCGCCUCCUCCCUGCACCCCCAUCACCAUAACGGGCACUGGGUUGACGGUCCAGUCCUCAGAACAGCUCCUCCACGUCAUCUACCAGCGGGUGGAAAAGGCCGUCGGCCUGGCCGAGGUGGCGCUGAAUCUAGCCAAGGCCAACAACGACGCCCUGAGACGUCUGGAGGAAGAUCUGGGGGCCCUGCGCCGGCCCCCCCCCAGCGCCUUCAAAGCAAGCCCCCUGUGUGUUCCCGAGGAGUCGCAAGAGCCCCCCGAAGAUGAGGAGGAAGGAGAGGCCGAAGGCUUCGGGAACGGCGUCCAGGUGGUCAUCGAAGAAUUAAGGCAGCUGGGCGCAGCGUCGGCUGCAGUGGGGCGGCCUGAACCCUUGGCCUUCUCGCCAGUGCCGGCCCUUAGCAGAGUAGCUGAGGAGUGCCCUCCAGGAGAUGCCCCCACGCAGCAGGCCUAUGUUCCUCCCUCUUCUCCUACCCUGCAGACGCCUCAUCAGCCACUUCUACAGCCUCUGGAUGAGCCCGUCUCCUGCCCAGAGGUAUCCCCUAUCAGCACGACCCAUGAAGAUGCCACCAACAGGGAACCUCAUUUCUCUUUAGGCUUUGCCAGUCUCCCAUGCAGAAGCCGAAACAUGGGGCAGAAGAAUGCCAGGCGCAAGAGGGACCUAGUGUUAUCAAAACUGGUCCAUAAUGUUCACAACCACAUCACCAACGAAAAGCGGUUUGAUGGCGCAGAAAGCAUUAAGUCUUCAUGGAAUAUUUCUGUAGUGAAAUUUUUGCUUGAAAAACUGAAGCAUGAAUUGGUCUCAAAUCACCAUAAUUAUACUGAUAAGGAACUAAAAGGUGCCUGCGUGGCCUACUUUUUGACAAAGCGACGUGAGUAUCGAAAUUCUCUCAAUCCCUUCAAAGGACUUAAAGAGAAAGAGGAGAAGAAACUCCGCAGUAGACGCUAUCGGCUUUUUGCAAACCGCUCGGGGGUGGCACGGCUGCUUGGCUCGGAAGAGCAGUGUCUGUGGCAGGGGGUGACCGAGGAGCUCAUGUCAGAUGAGGAAGACAGUGCCAGCGAGCCCGGUGUGUGGGUGGCGCGGCCCCCCCGGUUCCGCGCUUCGCCUCUCACUCAGCUCUGCUACCGGCUGGAUGCCAACUCGAAGCAUGGCACGAAAGCCAACCGCGUGUAUGGGCUGCCCUCCGACCGCCUGCCCUCUGCCGAAGCCCAGCUGCUGCCCCCACACCUCUACAACCCCCACUUCCAGGGGGAAGACCCCAGGACUGGCACCCCCUCCCACCUGCCCAGCCACAAAGGCUUCUGCCCUGAGCUCAGCUCUUUUGUGGCGAUCAAAGUGGAAAAGGAUGAGUGA